AUGAGCCGCUCCGAGCUCGCCGUGGUGUACGCCACCCUCAUCCUGAACGACGACGGCGUCGAGGUGUCUGCCGAGAACAUCAACUCUCUGGUGCAGGCUGCCGGCAUCGAGGUGGAGCCCUACUGGCCCUCCCUCUUCGCCAAGCUGGCCCAGAAGAAGAGCGUGGAUGAUUUCAUCAUGAACGACAUGGGUUUCUCCCUGUUCGACUGA